AUGGGAGCGAACAUGGCUGGCAGUAGCCUCAUCACCCGCUUUGUGUUCAGUUGCGCGCGUUCAACUCUGUACUCAAAGAAACCGGAAGUGUUCGACAAGUUGGCCAAUGAACUUGCUACGCAGUUGGACGCAGGGUUCAAAGAUUGCAUUUCUGUCCUUUAUGGAGGUGAUGAGGCUACGCUGUACCCAGUUGUCUUGUACACCAAAGGCGACUGGCCAAUUUUAAAGCGGCUGGGUGCCUUGAACAGGACGCAUCAUCAAGCCAUCGCCAACCUCAGUCGGAGCAAAGGUGUCUGUCACCUUUGCAUGACGGGUACAGAGAAGUACCCGGACUGGCACCAAUGCCAUCAGGCAUCGUGGAUGUGCCCGGAAUCCAUUUCGGACCCGCGACCUCCCUGGUCUCAGCAAACUUUGUUUACACAGCUAUUGGCAAGAUCACCGAGUCUUUGGGGGAAAACAUGGUUUUACCGUCCGGACCUUUUCCACACUGUGCACAAGGGGGUUGGUGCAGAGCUCACGGGGUCUGGAUUCGUUGUUUUGACAGACCUUGGGCUCGAUGGUGGCGAUGGUGACAUCCCGGCAAGGCUGCACCGGAUAGAUCCUUUUGCAAGGAUAAAGGAAUCCCGCUGUACAUGA